CCCCGCCAUGGCGCCCCUAGAACUCAGCGAGAAAUACGACCACUAUGACUUCCCCAUUGAGGCACCCGAGCCCAUCGAGGGCCACGCCGGCCAUCUGACGCCCGAGCAGCAGGCCAAGGUCCACCAGCUGCGCUUGAUGCUCGAGGCAGAGGGACUUACCGAGCGCCUGGACACGCUGACACUGCUGCGGUUCCUCCGAGCGCGUAAGUUCGACGUUGAACUUGCCAAGCAGAUGUUCAUGGACACCGAGAAGUGGCGCGCCGAGAUCAAGCUCGACGAGAUCCUCCCCACCUGGGACUACCCUGAGAAGGCCGAGAUCUCCAAGUACUACAAGCAGUUCUACCACAAGAUUGACAAUGACGGUCGCCCUGUUUACAUCGAGACGCUGGGCGGCAUCGACCUGGCUGCCAUGUACAAGAUCACCUCGGCCGAGCGCAUGCUCACCAACCUCGCCGUCGAGUACGAGCGCGUGGCCGACCCUCGUCUGCCCGCCUGCUCCCGCAAGGCCGGCCACCUCCUCGAGACGUGCUGCACCAUCAUGGACCUCAAGGGCGUCACCCUGACCAAGGUGCCCCAGGUGUACUCGUACGUCCGACAGGCCUCCGUCAUCUCCCAGAACUACUACCCCGAGCGCCUGGGCAAGCUCUUCCUCAUCAACGCCCCCUGGGGCUUCUCCACCGUCUGGAGCGUCGUCAAGGGCUGGCUUGACCCCGUCACCGUCAAGAAGAUCAACAUCCUCGGCAGCGGCUACCAGAGCGAGCUGUUGAAGCACAUCCCCGCCGAGAACAUCCCCAAGGAGUUUGGCGGCACCUGCUCCUGCGAGGGCGGCUGCGAGAACAGCGAUGCUGGCCCGUGGCACGACCCUCAAUGGGCCAGGCCCGCCAAGUGGGAGAAGAAGGCUUAAA